UUUUAUUUACUUCUUUUAAUAAUUUUGUAGAUACUCCUUGCAACCACCUCUACUGAUGGAAAAUGUCGAGUAUUCUCUACUUUCAUUAAAGGCGUGGACACAAGGGACUCUGCAGGUUCUUCUGCAGAUUCAAAAUUCGGAGAGCAAAUUAUGCAGCUCGAUCUCUCAUUUUGUUGGGCAUUUGGCAUCAAGUGGUCUCCAAGUGGCAAUACCUUUGCCUAUGUUGACAAAACCUCAGGUCAUAAUUCCAUGAUAUACUUUGUUGAUGAUGUCGGCCCUUCUCCAUCAGCCCAGAGUGUAGCAUUCCGUGAUUUGCCCCUUCGUGAUGUUUUGUUCAUUUCUGAGAGAAUGGUAAUUGGUGUGGGAUUUGAUUGCAACCCAAUGGUUUUCACAGCAGAUGAAAGAGGAUUAUGGAGUUUCUUGAGAUUCCUUGAUGAGAGAAAAAUAGUAACUUCAAGUUCAAGAUAUGGUUCACAGUUUUCAGAAACAUUUGGAAAAUUUUACAGCCAAUCAAAAUAUGGGAUGAGCAAUGACACUUCUGAACCUUCAAGGCGACGUGGAACCUCCCAUGAAAAUUGCAUCAGGUACUGUGUUGCUCUACUCAUGUUCGCAUCCUUGUUUGAUCUAUAUCAUUAUGCACCUUGUGUCUGAUUUAUAUAAACACGAUCAAGGCUGUGACAUGUA